AAAACAUUUUAACCCCAGGGGCUGUCACUGACGUCUUCAAAUCAGAGUAUUGUCCAGACAGAAGAAAAAGCUAGUUUGUGGAAGCAGGGUGAACUCUGAUCAGUUCAGAUCUGUUACAGAAGUCCAGACUGCUGAAAUUAAACUGUGAUGCCAUUCAUGCCAACAUCCAAUCACAAGAGAGAUCAGAAGUUCAGCGAUGCCUCCAAAUUGCCAGCAAGAAGAGUGGCUACUAAAUGUCCAGGACUCUAAAGCUGUGCGACAGGGCUAAGAACAAGCUUAGAGAGGAUGCCCAGCUGGUAAGAAUCUACUGUUUAUGAUGUCUAAAUCACUUGAUGGAUUUCAUUGGCUAAAAUGAAGAUACGCUCCGCCUCCUUGUGAAUAUGUGUGAAGGAAGGAAGUGUCUCCACUUCUAUGUCUGAUAGCUUUUGACCCUAUUGCCUUUAGACUCUUGGCUUUAUACCUAUAUCUACACAGGUGUAUAUGUAUAUUUUCUAUAAUUCUCCAUUUGUUGAUAUCAAAGAGAGUUGGAGGAAAUGAAUUUUGAAACUUCACGAUGCGCCACCCUACAGUACUGCCCUGACCCUUACAUCCAGCGUUUCGUAGAAACCCCAGCUCAUUUCUCUUGGAAAGAAAGUUAUUACCGAUCUGCCAUGUCCCAGAGCACACAACCGAGUGAAUUCCUCAGUCCAGAAGUGUUCCAGCAUAUCUGGGAUUUUCUGGAACAACCUAUAUGUUCAGUUCAGCCCAUUGACUUGAACUUUGUGGAUGAACCAUCAGAAAAUGGUGCAACCAACAAGAUUGAGAUUAGCAUGGACUGCAUCCGCAUGCAGGACUCGGACCUCAGUGACCCCAUGUGGCCACAGUAUACGAACCUGGGGCUUCUGAACAGCAUGGACCAGCAGAUCCAGAAUGGCUCCUCGUCUACCAGCCCCUACAACACAGACCAUGCACAGAACAGUGUCACGGCACCCUCUCCAUAUGCUCAGCCCAGCUCUACCUUCGAUGCCCUCUCGCCUUCGCCUGCCAUCCCCUCCAACACCGACUACCCAGGCCCACACAGCUUCGACGUGUCUUUCCAACAGUCGAGCACCGCCAAGUCGGCUACCUGGACGUAUUCCACGGAACUGAAGAAACUAUACUGCCAAAUUGCAAAGACUUGCCCCAUUCAGAUCAAGGUGAUGACCCCACCUCCUCAGGGAGCUGUCAUCCGUGCCAUGCCUGUCUACAAAAAAGCUGAACAUGUCACUGAAGUGGUCAAACGGUGCCCAAACCAUGAGCUUAGCCGUGAAUUCAACGAAGGCCAGAUUGCCCCUCCUAGUCAUUUGAUUCGAGUAGAAGGGAACAGUCAUGCUCAAUAUGUAGAAGACCCCAUCACAGGAAGACAGAGUGUGCUGGUACCUUAUGAGCCACCACAGGUGGGCACUGAAUUCACGACAGUCCUGUACAAUUUCAUGUGUAACAGCAGUUGUGUUGGAGGGAUGAACCGCCGACCAAUUUUAAUCAUUGUUACUCUAGAAACCAGAGAUGGGCAAGUCCUGGGCAGGCGUUGCUUUGAGGCCCGCAUCUGUGCUUGUCCAGGAAGAGACCGGAAGGCAGAUGAAGACAGCAUCCGAAAGCAGCAGGUUUCGGACAGCGCAAAGAAUGGUGACGCCUUUCGUCAGAACACUCACGGUAUCCAGAUGACAUCCAUCAAGAAACGAAGAUCCCCGGAUGAUGAGCUCUUGUACUUACCAGUGAGGGGCCGCGAGACUUAUGAGAUGCUGUUGAAGAUCAAGGAGUCCCUGGAACUCAUGCAAUACCUUCCUCAGCACACGAUUGAAACCUACAGACAACAACAGCAGCAGCAGCACCAGCACUUACUUCAGAAACAGACCUCAAUUCAGUCUCAGUCGUCAUACGGUAACAGCUCCCCACCUCUGAACAAAAUGAACAGUAUGAACAAGCUGCCUUCUGUGAGCCAGCUUAUCAACCCCCAGCAGCGCAACGCCCUCACUCCCACCACCAUUCCCGAUGGCAUGGGAGCCAACAUUCCUAUGAUGGGCACCCACAUGCCAAUGGCUGGAGACAUGAAUGGACUCAGCCCUACCCAAGCCCUCCCUCCCCCUCUCUCCAUGCCAUCCACCUCCCACUGCACUCCCCCACCUCCGUACCCCACAGAUUGCAGCAUUGUCAGUUUCUUAGCAAGGUUGGGCUGUUCAUCAUGUCUGGACUAUUUCACGACCCAGGGGCUGACCACCAUCUAUCAGAUUGAGCAUUACUCCAUGGAUGAUUUGGCAACUCUAAAAAUCCCUGAGCAAUUCCGACAUGCCAUCUGGAAGGGCAUCCUGGACCACCGGCAGCUGCACGACUUUUCCUCACCUCCCCAUCUCCUCCGGACCCCAAGUGGUGCCUCUACGGUCAGCGUGGGUUCCAGUGAGACCCGAGGCGAGAGAGUAAUCGAUGCUGUGCGCUUCACCCUCCGCCAGACCAUCUCUUUCCCACCCCGUGAUGAGUGGAAUGACUUCAACUUUGACAUGGAUGCCCGACGAAACAAGCAACAGCGCAUCAAGGAAGAGGGGGAAUGAGCUUCCUUGGAUGGGCUCUCCGUGUGCUCGGCUACUCCUCAUAGGGUUCUCCUGCUUAAUCAUUAAAGCAUUCCCCCUAGCUCCACCUCUCUCUCUUCUCAAUCUGAAUUCCUAAGGGGAAGAGAAGAGGAGUCCUUUUACCCAACGUCUGACCUGGCCUCUGAGUCUGACUCAGGCUUUAAGCCUUCAAAACUAUUGCUUGCUGGACUGAGUUGUCAUGGCUAGGUAGAAACGAGCGCAAAAGCAGUGGGUGUCUCCUUAAGCUGCAGAGAUCUCUCAUUGACUUUUAUAAAGCAUU